AUGGCACCUACAGACCACCCUUCAGCGGAAGAACUGCUCAUAUGCGAGCCCGAAAGCGGCGCGCCAAAUGCCCCACCAGACCUCCGUUUCCUACACUACAAUGAUGUCUACCACGUAGAAGCGGGGUCGAGAGAGCCCGUGGGCGGAUACGCUCGAUUCCAAACUCUUGUCAACUAUUACAGAAACGAUGAGAGAUUCAAGGACCAACCAAAGCUUCUGACCUUUUUCUCUGGAGAUGCGUUCAAUCCAAGCAUUGAAAGUAGUAUCACAAAGGACUUUGGCGUCAAGCAGUAUCGCUACCUCACAGCCAAAUGCAAAUUCCCAUGGCUCCUCGCAAACGUACACGAUCCAGCCCUCGGCGACGGCGUCCCACUCGGAAACGCGAAGAAGACGGUCAUGCUCACAGCAUCCAACGGCAUCAAAGUUGGCGUCAUCGGACUUGCAGAACGAGAGUGGCUCGACACAAUCAACGCGCUGCCGCCGGACAUCAUAUACAAGAGCGCCUCAGAGACUGCGAAGGAACUUGUGCCUGGCCUGAAGGAGCAGGGCGCAGAGAUCAUCGUAUGCGUGUCGCAUCAGCGAGAGCCCAACGACAACAAGCUGGCGAAGCAAUGCGGCGGCGGCUUGAUUGACAUUAUUCUCGGCGGCCACGACCACUACUACUCGUACAGCCUGAUCAACGGCACCCAAGUACUGCGUUCAGGCACCGACUUCAAACAGCUCUCUCAUGUCGAGGCAUGGCGGAAGCCUGAAGGCAAAGGAUGGGAUUUCAAGAUCAUACGGCGAGACAUUGUCAGCAGCAUACCACAAGAUCCCCAGGCAAUGGAACUGGUCGAAGAACAAACGCGGGAAAUUAGAAAGCGAUUAGACAAGCCGAUCGGAUACACCGCUGCGCCACUUGACGCCCGGUUCACAACUGUACGGACAAAGGAGUCGAAUAUCGGCAAUUUCGUCUGCGAUCUCAUGCGCUACUACUACUCAGCAGAGUGCUGUAUCAUGGCCGCCGGAACGAUACGCGGUGACCAGAUCUAUCCUCCUGGAUUGUUGAAGCUCAGAGAUCUGGUCAACUGCUUCCCAUUCGAAGACCCAGUCGUAGUACUAAAGGUCACCGGCAAGGCGAUACGAGAAGCACUGGAGAACGGCGUCAGCAACUACCCAGCCCUCGAAGGAAGAUUCCCACAAGUCUCCAACAUCACCUUCGAAGCCGACUACUCCAAACCACCACAUUCGAGAGUAACAAACGUGACAAUCGGAGAAGAGCCUGUAGACGAGACGCGCGAGUACGUUCUUGCUACACGAGGCUACAUGGGUCGCGGUAAAGAUGGCUACACAUCCCUCCUAAUCGAAGAAGAAGGCGGCGUCGCCAAAGAAAUCGUCUCGGAAGAAAACGGCGUCCUCAUCUCCACCAUCCUGCGCCAAUACUUCAUGUCCCUGAAAGUUCUUGGCAAAUGGAAACGCUGGGGCAAGUCCAUGAACUCGAGAUUUGCGUCCAUACAAACGAACUUGCAGAAACACGGUCAUGCGUUCCACGACCCUUCUCCUACUUCGCCUACCCAAUCCCGUGGCAACAAUCCCGUUGAAGAUCUUGGUGAGAAGAACCAACGCGACGACAACACACACGACACCCUCGGAGAAGAGGACCCAGACCAAGAUGAAGAUGAAGAUGAUGGCCCAAUGUACGAUUCCAGAGUCCCGAUACAGUUCACGGAUAAGCAGACCGAGAUGAUAAGGCGUGUGAUGCGGAAAUGGUGGCGUGUUGCUGGUCUCAAGGGAAACCCUAAGCUGUGCGAUGAGCUAGAUGGCGCGGAGUUCCAGGUCAACUGGACGAAAGCUAUUGCGCCGAGGUUGGAAGGUAGGAUAAAGGAAAUUGGGCCUGGGGUUAAGAUUGAGGCGUGA